AUGGCUGACGUUGAUGUGGAUACUGCUUCGAUUGAGCAACUAAGAGAUAUUUUGUGUAACAAGUCUGGUGACAUUGCCUUAGCUAACAGAUUUAGAGCUUUGUUCAACUUGAAGUGCAUUGGUGCGGACUCUUCUGAUGAAGAGAUUAUUCACAAGGCUAUUGACUACAUUGCAGAGUGCUUUGGAGACAGCUCGGAGUUAUUGAAGCACGAGGUGGCUUAUGUAUUGGGUCAAAUCAAAAAUAUCCAUGCUAACAAAUACUUGGCCAAUGUUCUAGAAGACAAAAACCAGCAGAUCAUGGUUAGACACGAGGCAGCUGAAGCUAUGGGUGCUAUUGGUGAUUCUUCCAGUUUGAACUUGUUGGAAAAGUACUUCAAAGAGGACCCCGAUAUCGAAAUCAGGCAAACUUGCGAAUUGGCUAUUGAGAGAAUCAAAUGGGAGAAUUCUGAUUCCGCUGGUAAAGAAAUCUUGGAAAAGUCGUCCUUCACUUCUAUUGAUCCUGCUCCACCCUUGCCUACGGAUAAGGAGUCUAAGGUUGAAAAAUUGCAAAAAAUUUUGAACGACCAGGAGAAGCCUUUGUUCGAAAGAUAUAGAGCUAUGUUCAGAUUGAGAGACUUGGCUACAGACGAAGCCUGUCUUGCAUUGGCUAGUGGUUUUGAGGACCCUUCUGCAUUGUUCAAGCAUGAAAUUGCGUAUGUCUUUGGUCAGUUGUGUAAUCCUGUCACUGUUCCUUCCUUGAUCAAAGUCUUGAAGGAUGAAAGAGAGGCUGGAAUGGUUAGACACGAAGCUGCUGAAGCAUUGGGAUCCAUUGCUACCGAAGAUUGUUUGCCAGUUUUGAAGUCCUUCUUGAAUGACAGUGUUGAUGUCGUCAGAGACAGUGCUGUUGUUGCGUUGGACAUGUACGAAUAUGAAAACUCGAACGAAUUGGAGUAUGCCACAGUCAAAACAAACUAA